ACCGACGCGCAGCGCAGCAUAAGCUAUUUAGCGCGUUGUAUAAAAACACAAUUUUGAGGAAAAUUCCCAAAGGGAGGAUUCAUUUCACACACAGAUCUUCUUCUUCCUUCACUUACAUCAUCUCUCUCAAAUCACGCUUCAUUAUACCUUUGUACAAUGUACGUAUAGCACUGCUUUGGACUCCGGUGAUUAACCCUAUUCAAAUGGCUCGCCAUGGGCAUCUACCUUCUGUAUUUCUCCUGAUCUUCUCGUUAUCCUUGAUUCAAAGCGUUCUCGUUCACUCUAAAACCCUCAAACGUGACGUGAAAGCUUUGAAUGAAAUUAAGGCAUCCCUUGGAUGGAGAGUGGUGUAUGCAUGGGUUGGAGAUGAUCCUUGUGGAGAUGGUGAUUUACCUCCAUGGUCUGGUGUUACAUGUUCCACGCAGGGUGAUUAUAGAGUAGUUACUGAAUUGGAGGUUUAUGCAGUUUCAAUUGUUGGCCCAUUUCCUACAGCUGUCACUAAUUUAUUGGAUCUUACUAGACUGGAUCUGCAUAAUAACAAGCUGACUGGCCCUCUUCCUUCUCAAAUUGGGCGAUUGAAGCGUCUUAAAAUAUUAAACGUAAGGUGGAAUAAGCUGCAAGAUGUCAUUCCACCUGAAAUAGGUGAACUAAAGCAAUUAACACAUCUCUACCUAAGUUUUAAUAAUUUCAAAGGCGAAAUACCUAAGGAGCUUGCUAAUCUUCCUGAACUUCGUUAUCUCCAUCUGCAUGAAAAUCAUUUUACUGGACGAAUUCCACCUGAACUGGGUACCUUACAGUAUCUUCGACACCUGGAUGUUGGUAACAAUCGUUUGGUUGGAACUAUAAGAGAACUCAUACGUAUUGAAGGAUGUUUUCCGGUUCUUCGCAACCUAUACUUAAAUAAUAAUUAUCUUACCGGAGGCAUUCCAGCGCAACUUGCAAAUCUGACGAACUUGGAGAUCUUAUAUCUAUCCUACAACAAGAUGACAGGAGUUAUACCAUAUAGCAUUGCUCAUAUUCCUAAGUUAACUUACUUGUAUCUCGACCACAAUCAAUUUUCUGGAAGGAUUCCAGAUGCCUUCUACAAACACCCUUUCUUGAAGGAAAUGUACAUUGAAGAGAACACGUUCCGGCCUGGUGUAAAACCAAUCGGCCCUCACAAAGUGCUAGAACUUUCGGAUGCAGAUUUCCUUGUUUAGAAAAAGACAAGUCCUGUUAUUUAUUCAUGAGCAAAGUGUACCUAGGUGGUUGAAAGAAGCAGCCGGUUCCAAUUCUGUCAAGUGUCUAUUCUUUAGUUGCGAGAUGAGAAAAAGGUUCCAUCUUUUUGUGCAAAGAAGCAAUCAACCAAACUUAGUUGCUGUUGCUGUAGUUAAAUAGUACCACGUUAUGAAUCAUGAUUAAGUUAUUGCAA